GACCAGAUUUCACUGCGCAUGUGCUUGACGACGUAACUCGUCAUAUUUUAACUAUCCUCGACGUGAAGGCGGAAGCUCGUGUGUCAUUUCAGGGGCGGGUCAGUGUAAAUAAUAAAAGCGGCGGCUGAAACAGAAGUUUUCCUGUGACGGACACACUAUUCACGUCUGAGGACUACAAGCAAAGUCGUCGGUAAGACAAUGGCAUCACCCACUCCUCUGUCCAAGGCCAACACCACCUUCUCUCUGGCUUUGCUCAAAAAGUUUGGAGACUCCGACAAGACUGCAAAUGUCUUCUACUCCCCCUUCAGCAUCUCCUCAGCCCUGGCUAUGGUGAUGCUGGGGGCCAAGGGCAACACAGCCAAGCAGAUGUCCGAGGUCCUCCGCUUCACUGCGGCACAGGAGCCCCGGCAUGCAGGAGCAGGGCAGAUGCAGAUGCAGCAGCAGGCCGCAAUGAAACUGCCACCACAUCUGCAGAAGAGGUGCUUGAAGACCCAGGGUUGUCAGGACGAUGUCCACGUUAGCUUUGCCCAUCUGCUGAGCGAGCUCAACAAGGCUGGUGCUCCAUACGCCCUCAGUGUUGCUAACAGACUCUACGGGGAGAAGUCCUACGAGUUUGUUAAGGAUUAUUUGGGAGGCACCCAGAAGCACUACAAGGCAGAGCUGGAGCCUGUGGACUUUGUGAACAGCUCAGAAGCGGCCAGGCUCAACAUCAACAAGUGGGUGCACGAGCAGACUCAAGGUAAAAUUAAGGACUUGCUGGCCGAGGGUCUGCUGGACGAAUACACCAGACUGGUGCUGGUCAAUGCCAUCUACUUUAAAGGCAACUGGAACAAGAAGUUUGAAGAGAGUGCCACACAGGAUGUUAAGUUUAGGAUCAACAAGAAUGAGACCAAGUCAGUGAAGAUGAUGCACCAGAAAUCCAAGUUCCCCUUCACCUACAUCCCAGAAGCCAACUGCCAGAUCCUAGAGAUGCCUUACAAAGGAAUGGAGCUCAGCAUGCUCAUCUUUUUGCCCAGUCAGAUAGAGGACAGUACAACGGGUCUGGAGAAGCUGGAGAAGGAGCUGACCUAUGACAACUUUGUGGAGUGGACUCGUGCAGACAUGAUGAAUGAAGUGGAGAUUCGGGUGGGGCUGCCUCGUUUCAAGAUGGAGGAGAACUACGACAUGAAGAGCGUCCUGGUCAGCAUGGGCAUGGUGGAUGCCUUCGACCGGGCAAUGUGUGACUUCUCUGGCAUGGCUCCUGGCAACGACCUGGUGCUGUCCAAGGUCGUCCACAAGGCUUUUGUGGAGGUCAACGAGGAGGGAACUGAGGCUGCUGCCGCCACCGCUGCCAUCAUGAUGAUGCGCAUGUCUAUGCCAGCGUCCUUCAUCGCGGACCACCCCUUCCUCUUCUUCAUCCGACAUAACCCGUCCAUGAGCAUUCUCUUUGCCGGCCGAUACUGCUCUCCUCAGUGAGCACGUCGCUUAGAGCGGUGCUUCUCAACACUGGAGUGACUAGUGGAGUCUGUGGGGUGGAAAUGACUGUGUGGCUUCUUGGUUAUCGCGGUUUACACGUUUAUCUUUUGCGCCUAAUCUCAUCCGAUUUACUCAAUGUCCGUAACGCACGUAAGGCUCGGUUUGCUGACCCUCAAACCUUAACCUCUAUUAUCUAUACCAUUGAAGUCAAUUCACCUUACCUUAAAGCCUUAAACACAUAUGCCUUAAUACAGAUUUCUUGCAGAACAUGCAAUUUCCGUAUUCGAUAUGUUCAGUCAACCAAAAAGAAUAAUGUAAAGAAAUCUCAUUGUCAGAUAGAGAUGUCCUUGGGGAUUGGUGAUUAGAAGGAUAGUGCUGUUAUUUGUAAAUGUACCAUUAUCCAUAUGAUAAACAUAAACUGUAAA